AUGGCAACUGUUCUAAUGGAUUUUAGGAAGGCUGAUGAUGACCAUCGAAGUACACCAGAUUUCUAUCGAAUGACCAGAGCCUCACUGGGAGAGGCAGAUCCUAAUAGGAUCAAAGUGCAAGUUUGUGUCCAGUUUUUCAAGGUCGGAGAGAUCGACACACUUAAAGAACAAUAUACGGCGGACGUCAUCGUCAGAGCAAGAUGGCGGGAGCCAACAUUAGAUGGGAAAAUAAGCGAGUCUGGUGACGUCACGGACAUCAAGAAAUACUGGAACCCCAAACUGUAUAUAGAAAACAGCUAUGGCGACCCCAAGGAGAUGUUCAGAUACCGGGUUGUCUUCAACGACAAGGGCGAGGCCUUUAUGUCGGAGAAGAGAACUGUCAGGGGCACCUUCAUGGAGAACCUUGAACUGGAUGACUUUCCUUUUGAUGUUCAG